UGAGCAACUAAUGCUGGCCUCUUCGUGUUAGUUCUUGGUUGGCCAUUUGCGACGUACAACCACCGCGAGUUUCGACCAUCGCACACGGUGCUGCUCAUUCAUCUUCUCCAAAUAAAGUUGUGCCUUCUCUGUUGUUUUGACAUUAAGCUCCGAAGGAAACUGCCAUGAUGGUUUCUAUGAAGCGAGAAAGAGAGACUGAAGUGGACGAUGAUGAUGAGGACGACGAAGACAUAGUGGCAGCCAAAGUCGGCCGAGGACGUGCAGCAGAAGACCGGAGAAGCCGCCACUGUCCUUACCUCGACACUAUAAACAGGAGUGUGCUGGACUUUGACUUUGAGAAACUGUGCUCCAUAUCACUCUCCCACAUCAAUGUCUACGCCUGCCUUAUAUGUGGGAAAUACUUUCAAGGUAGAGGUUUGAAGUCUCAUGCUUACACGCACAGUGUGCAGUUUACCCAUCAUGUGUUCCUGAAUCUGCACACUCUCAAGUUUUACUGUCUGCCAGACAACUACGAGAUCAUUGACUCCUCACUAGAAGACAUCACGUAUGUGCUGAAACCAACUUUCACCAAGCAGCACAUUGGAGGGCUGGACAAGCAGGGUAAACUGUACCGAGCCUACGAUGGUACGACCUACCUGCCUGGCAUCGUAGGGCUCAACAACAUUAAAGCCAACGACUACGCCAAUGUGGUCUUACAGGCUUUUUCCAAUGUUCCACCGUUGCGAAACUACUUCCUUGAGGAGGAAAACUACAUGGGGAUCCGGAGACCACCGGGUGACAUCAUGUUCCUCUUGGUGCAGAGGUUCGGUGAGCUGAUGCGCAAACUUUGGAAUCCGAGAAACUUCAAGGCUCAUGUCUCUCCACAUGAGAUGCUGCAAGCUGUUGUGCUGUGCAGCAAGAAGAACUUUCAAAUCACCAAACAAGAUUCUAAACGUUUGUGCAUGCUCUCCUGUCUCAUCUACAUUCAGGAGUACAAAACCUACAAAGAGAAUUUCCUCAAAAGGUUCCAGUUGACCAAACUGCCUCCGUACCUCGUCUUUUGCAUCAAAAGAUUCACCAAGAACAACUUCUUCGUGGAGAAGAACCCCACAAUCGUCAACUUCCCCAUCACGAAUGUAGACCUUCGUGAGUACUUGACAGAAGAAGCUCAAGUGACAGAGAAAAACACAACAUAUGACCUCGUCGCCAACGUAGUGCAUGAUGGGAAACCAACCGAGGGAGCAUACAGAAUACAUGUUCUGCAUCAUGGAACUGGGAAGUGGUAUGAGAUGCAGGACCUGCAGGUGACCGACAUUCUCCCCCAGAUGAUCACACUGUCCGAGGCCUACAUCCAGAUCUGGAAGAGACAGGAGAGUGACACGGACACAAACAGCCACACGGCGGUGUAAGUGAGGCCACAUUCUCAACAUGGCCAGAAGUAAACUGGGUAUUUUAACGGAUAAAACAACAACAUGACAGAAAUGCGAGUGGCUAAAGAGACUUUUUCUCGCUAGCAAAAAAAAUAAAAUGUAUAUGUUUCCCUUGUUUUUUUUCACAGUUUUAUGUUUUUACUAUGUGGAAGUUUCCAAAUAAACAAACUUCAGGACACA